AUGGCUACCGUACCACCUAUGGGUUGGAUGACAUGGCAACGAUUUCGAUGUCAAAUUGAUUGUCUGAACUACCCAGAAGGUUGUAUCAGUGAGAAAUUGAUUAAACGCACAGCCAAUAGACUAGUAUUAGAUGGUUGGAGAGAUGUGGGUUAUCGUUAUGUAAUAAUAGAUGAUUGUUGGCCAGAAUGGAAACGAGAUUCUAAGACUAAUGAAAUCGUUGCAGAUAAUAAACGAUUUCCUAACGGUAUUAAAAGUGUUGGACAAUAUUUACAUUCUAAAAAUCUACGAUUUGGCAUAUAUCUGGAUUAUGGAACACGAACAUGUGAAGGUUAUCCAGGAAGUAUGAAUUAUUUGGAAGUGGAUGCCAAAAGUGUGGCUAAAUGGGAAGCUGAUUAUGUAAAGAUGGAUGGAUGCAAUAGUCCAGAAAACAUUAUGCCAGAUGGUUAUGGAAAGUUUUCUAAAUUAUUGAAUGCAACUGGUAGAGCAAUGGAGUACUUGUUAAAUGGUUCUCUUCAUUACUAGAUAGCAUUUGCAAUUUCAUUGCCUUUAAUUAUCAUAUGAAACCAAGUGUUGUGAUAGGCGACCAAUGUGUUUGUACCACUAAAUAUUUUAUCAUUCAGCACUGGUUGUAGAUAUGUUGGAUACUCAUCAAGUACUCUCACGAAGAGGGAUAAAACACUGACAUCUAUGUUCCUGCGAAAUAAACGUCAGCUGAAUUCAGUCGGUACAAAUAACGUUCAGUAUUUUUCGAAAAAUGUUUGUAUGUAGUCAAAAUUGGGGUCAUUGAUUUUAAAGUUGAAUAUCUAAUCUAGCGAUAAAGCUUUUACGGGCUAACGCCUUCAUCUCAUGUUAAGCCGCAUUUCUGAAAAUGUUCAUCAUCAACCGGACUAUAUAGUAAUGAUUGUCCGAAAAAAAGAUAAAUGGACUAUCCGAUUUGAGGCAACAAAAUCUCAUCGUAUAUUUAAAAAUGUUCGUGAUAUGGUGAUGUACGAAAGUCUUCAUUCCCACCAUUCUUAUGGCUAUACGGAAUACCGC